CCCGCGUGUAAGAGUCAGACCACCGAGUUUACUGUAUUGUAUCGAUGCUAACGGAAGAAAAUGCGGAUAGCCAAGCAGGCGUGCAAUCACUGUCAUCGCCGUAAAGUGCGCUGUGACAUCUCGGCGACUGGUAGCUCACCAUGUUCCAACUGUCGUAUGAAAAAGAUUGCCGAUUGCAAAGUACACGUCAAACGCAAGACGCUCUCUGCUGCGUCGGCAUCGCCAACAAACACACUACCAGCUCUUCCUCUGCUGCGGCCCAAGCGAGUCAUCGACAAAGAGAAACCCUCUUAUAUUCAUCCCAUAUACACCGAAUCACACGACGACUCGGCUCACGAGAGCGGCAAUAUUGCCGACUUUCUCGGCAAAGAAACAAUACGCACCGCCAAUCUCGACCACAAGAGUAGAGUCUGCUACAUUGGCAACGAGCCGUCCAACUUUCAGUAUCUCGUCCGGCAGAGCAGCCAGCUUCUUGAUCGCGAUGCUCGCAUCCACCACUUUAGCAACAGACAGUAUCAUCCGCGACACACGUCCUAUCGUCUCGAUAGUCUACCAGCGGACUCGUUUGCCCGUCCGCCGCCUGCUCUUGAACAGGAGCUUCUCGACGCAUACUUUACGCAUAUUAACUGCGGCUGGCCGAUUAUCGACGAGGAACAUUUUCGUAUACAAGUUUCCGGUAACGAUGCCCGAGACCCCGUGUCGCUGCCGCUGCUCAACGCAGUGCUGCUUGUCGGCGCACAUGUGCUUGUCCGCGAGAAGCCCGAGCUCAAGCAUCACCAGGCCAUCUUCUUUCGCCGGGCCAAGUCGCUGAUGGAUGCCCGUUCUGAGCAGGACAGACUCAUAUAUGUGCAGUCGGCGCUGCUGUUGACUUGGUAUGCUGAUGGGCUUGAAGAAGUGAUUGCCAACUCGUGGUACUGGAUUGGCUUUGCUGCCCGUACGGCCAUUGGCAUCGGUAUGCAUCGUGAUCCUACGCAUGCAAAGCACCCGCCGUUGCAGCGGCGCAGCUGGAUUCGUACGUGGUGGAUGCUCUUUCAGUUUGAUGCCCUCAUGGCGCUGGCAUAUGGCCGGCCGCAGGCCAUCAACCUCGACGACUGCGAUGUGCCUGAAAUCACACUAAGCGACCUCGAAGGCAUCCCCAAUGCCCAGGCCGACUUCAUCAUUGCCCACUCGCGCCUCUGCAUCCUCAUCUCCCAAGUCAUGCGCCAUCGCUGGGCCCUCCGCCCAACUCCAACCCUCAACCACUCUGGCCGGUCUGUUGAUCAACAGCUCGCCGACUUUGCAAGCCAUCUACCUCCCUCCUUGGGCCCUCCCUCACUAUUCCCAUCUGCCUCAUCAGGACCCAACAGCAGUGCCCCGUGGCGGGCGAUCUUGCAUCUCAACUACAGCACGCUCGUGAUCCUGCUACACCGCGAGCCACCAUCGUCUCCAGACACUUUCCCCCCUCGCAACGAAACCACCACAGCCAACCCUAUCGUUGCUGCUGAGGCAACAACCCAGACUGCGGCGAUGCUGCAAUCACUGGAUGCCACCAAGGCCUUGCAGCUGCUCAACUUCUUCGGAGUACAUGCAGUAUGGACGACGAUGCUUCAGCUCAAGCGCGACAUCCGCCACCCAAACCCGCUCAUGGCUAGCAGCGCCUCGCGGACUCUGAAAGCGCUGCUGGCCACAUUACUGGAGCUCUCGUACAGCUGGAACUUUGCGCAGGGGCUCGCACGGCUCUUUGGCGAUGCAGAUCGUGAGGCCGAUGAUUUGAGAGAGCAGCACCAGCAAAACGAGCAGACUCAGCAGCCUACGGCGAGCACAGAUGCCGAGAUGGAGCUGAGCGAGUCGCUGUUUAUGGACUUUGGGCUGCUCGAGGACUUUUUCAUGGGCUACGAGGACAAUCUGGCGUAGAUACUCAGUGAUGGGAUGUGAUAUAUGUACAAUUACGGUCAUGAUGCAAUGUAAUAUGUAAUGUAUAUAGAAUGUAUAUGUGUUAAUAUGUAUAUAAAAAAUUGUAUUCUAGCCUUCACAGGGCUGUUUGAUUCCCUGUAGAUCAAACAAAAACAACAUCUGCCCACUAUGCUUUCGCCAUGCUAAAAUCAUCCCCGCUUACCAUGCAUGCAAAAUGAAUGCAAAUGUCGCUCUUUAACCCCACUGCACAAGAACCUUUUUACCCUUCUUGCCCUUUUUGCCUUUACCUUCUCCUUCUUCAUCGGCAUUACCAUCGCCCUCAGUGUCCGUGUUAUUGUUGGACGAGCCCCAUUGGAAGUUCGACUGUGCGUGGCCAUAGUCUCGUCUCACUGCACGACCACUGCCGUAGCCAAAGAUUGUGGUCUGAGGCUUUGGUGCCGCAGGCAGAGCAGGGAAUGCAGACUUGGACCGUGUGGACUCAAUGGCACGGGCUGCCGUCGCAGUCGAAGAUGCAGCAGUCCACGAUGGCUUACUGGCCGCUGUGGUGAUCUUGGUGCUUGUCUUGUUGGUUGGUGUAGCAGCAGCAGCCGACAAGGACGGGAACGACGACGCAGGUGGUGGACGCACAGCUGGCGAUGACGACCAAGUUGUCGAGAUGGUGGGAGUAGCCACGGCCGGGCCGCCCAAGCGAGUGCUGUUCUUGAGCUUGAGCACACGGUUGGAGGUCUUAGCUCCUGGGAUACCGCCGAGCGGGUUAGAAGCAGCCGCACCAGCCCAGCCGCCAGAGCCCGAAGAGCUGCCUUGCAUACCGCUCAGUCCAGGAAGGCUCGGGUAGUCUUCGUUGAUGGCCCGCCAGUCCUGCCACGCCUUGCGCAGAGCAUCGCCCUUGGCCUUGUUCUCGAAGAGAUCAGCAACCUCGCGCGUCAACGUGCCCAAGGCAUUCGACGAUACAUCAGCAAACAGGGUGAAGAAGGCGUCGACGAGCUGGGUGGCAGUGAAGCUGCCUUGGCGGUAUGACGAGAUGUGCUCGCGGAACUUGGCCACCUUGUUGCGGUCGUUGGCGAGCAGGUUAGAAGCGCGCUCAAUGACUGAGUUGUGGCGCACAAGACGAGCGCGUUCUUCGGGAGCCAUGUUGGCCGUGUCUGCAAUGGUGAGGUUUUCGAUGGACGCAGCCACUGCAGAAGCGUUGCUGGGAGCAGUAGCAGGAGUAGAGCCAGGAGGAUGGCGAGGUGUGUUGGUACCGCUGGCAUUUCGUGAUGUCGGUUGAGAAGAGGCUGCAGCAGCUGCAGCGGCGGCAGCUGGUGUUGGGUUCUGAGCAGGCGCUGUUAAUGAGCCGCCAAACGUGCGUGUAGAUACAGACUGCGCUGAGUGAAUCGCCAUUUGUCGCUGGAAAGCAAUCUCGUCGCGUCGUAGUGGCUGGUUGUACGGCGCAGGAACCGUCUCUUCAUUCGGAUCUCUACCGCGGCCACGUCCACGGCCAGUCCGUCCUCCUCUUCCUGCACCGUCACCACCACCUCCAUGGCGUCGUUCUUGCUGGUACGAUUGACGGAGAUCGAAGCCGGACAUAUCUACUGUUCUAGCAUCUCUGCCGAUCGACUUGCCGCCGUGUUCAGAGAUCUGAUGUGCCUGCAGAUCCAUUUCUGACUCAAACACAACAAACUUCUUCUCCAUACAUUCACUGUCUGCGCAGAGAUGGUGGUCCUUCUUAAAGUGCCUCUCCAAGGCGUUGUAGUCCUGAUAAUAGUGAGGCUGGCGCGAAUCUCGGCGAUCACACAAGAAGCAGCGCUCAUGCUUCAUGCGGCAAUGCUCGUAGAGCUUGUCGUCGUCGUAGAAUCGCUCACCGCAAAAGGCGCACAGCGGAUGGCCCUUGAAACCAGUCUGGUCGGCAGCGCCGGGCUUGUCGUCGCCGCGCUUCAUGUGCUUAUCAAGCUCCUUUUCCGUAAACAAUUCGUGUUCGUGUGUAAAGACGCGCUUGUUCCUCGUGCACAGGUCACACAUACGCUUCUUAUGCGUAGACUUGACAUGGCGAUGGAGGUCGGGCCAGCCCAAGCCGGCAAAGUCGCACGACGAAUCGGGGCAGUUGUAGCGCAAUAAGAGCACCGUGUCGCCGACAAUGUCUUCGUUUGUGUACCGGAUGCCGAUGUUGGUGUCGGAGGUGGUGAACUCGUUGUCUUUGUAAUCUUCGAAGCGCUUCUCGGCAUCGUCUGUGAAGAUGACAUACGGCGCUGGUGUCUGUAGAAAGCAAAUGUUUAGUAUCACGUCAUGUACAAUCAUCGUGGUAGCAAAGGACCACUUACUCGGCAGUGUGCACAGUCCUUUGUCUUGUAGAGAGCUCGCAUGCGCAGGCCACAGAUGUGACAGGUCGUGUGGUUGCAGGGCGCAAUGGAGUGGUGAGCCACGGGAUUGGCGCAGAUGAAGCAGACAUCGGCAUCCGAAACCUCGCCGCCCGGGGCCGCCUGUGUCAUCUUGGCCACGGUCGACGUGACGGUGGCUCCGGCAGCUUCAGCUGCAUCUUUGAUAUCUUGCGCAGCUGGGUUGGCCGGUCGUCCACCGUCUCCUCCUCGUUGGCCUCCUCGUCCGCGUCGUUGGCCGCCUCCUCCGCGCUGGCCGUCGCCGCCACGAGAUCCACGGCCGCGGCCACCACCGCGGCCUCUAUUGCCUGAUCUCUGGCCUCCUGUGUUGUUGUUGUUGUUUUCGCUGCCACCUGCACUACCACCCCCUACAGUUGCGCUAUCGCCUUCUCCAGCUACCAUAUCCCUUUGAUUUUGGUGUUUGCUGUCGUUCCGUGUGUUUGUGUAUGUCUUCGGCAAUAUGGCCUUUGUUCUGUGCUCUCUUCUAUGCUGUGUCUUCUCUCAAGAAACCGCUAUUGAUGACUCUGUUUGUAGUCGAAUUCUCCUGCAAUCUGGCAAACAGUGGGAAAGAUUUGGUGGGAUUUACGAGGCUCCAAAUAUUUU